AUGGGUGGAAAAAAGAAAAAUAAGGUUGCAUCUAAUCCUGCACGCGGGUUUGCUACUACCUCAGUGCCAUCCAAAACGAAAACACCUGCGCCAGUCCCCGAAGGUCCGGAUGAAAAAGAGAUAGACCCUCUUGCGGUGUCGGAGCCUUCGGAGCGGCGUCCGGGAAAGUCUGAUGAGAUUUCACGUAUCCCGAACGAGGAAGAGACGGAGGAGCACCGAUUGAAGGCGCUUGUUGAAAAGCUGGGCCCAGGGGUCAGGAAGGAAACGCGAAGAAUUGUGGCCAGGGCGGAGAUCGAGAAACGCACAAUUAGGAGUAACUACUACCCUUUGAAGUUGAACGAACUUCUCGAGUUCGGCUUUGUGGGUUAUAACAACCGGUUAAAGAUCACUAGCGGAGUGAAGGAGCUUGGGGUGGGUGACCAGAUUCUGGCGCUUGCUAAGGAAGAAUUCCUUCAAAUGCGUGGGGGGAAUGAGACUGAAUGUAAACGAGGAGAAUCUUUACUCUUGAAUGCUUGGAUUCUACAAAAAACCUUUAUCUCCAUGGGAUUUCCAAAGGGAAGGGUCGAGGAGGGGUUGCAGGCACUAGUCAGUCACGGUUCCACAGUUCUUGAUAAAGAAAAAGGUUUAGAUGGUGCAUUGGAGGAAAUGUUUGAUUGGCUAGCACUCAAUUGCGAGGAAGAGGAGCUUCCGGGGUUUUAUGAUGAGUCUGGUAAAGGGAAGAAAGAAGUGUGCUCAGGCUCAUCAGGUGCUUGUUCUCACCUAAGCAGGGUUGUAUCCCGAAUACUAAUGGUGCCAUCAGACUUCUCACCUAGUGAAACGAAACCUGAUUCUGGAGCAUCUGCUCCCCGAGAGCCCUUCGGGGCUGACAGGCGUCAUUUGACUGGAAACUUGCGUCAGGUUGCUGAUUGGAGUCUUGAAAGUAGAGAUGUUUCCCGUGAGGGUGAGAGGGUUGGGAAUAAUGAAAGUGAUCAUAGUGGGGAUGAAGAGGUGGAGAUUGAGCCGGAGGAACUAAUUCCACAAUACAUCAAGCUACAGACGCAAAAAUAUCACCUUCAUCCUGCUUCUACAAUCAUAGCUGGCAGGAAAGUUAAGGGGAAAAAAGAGGAAACAGCUUCCUCAAUAGCUAGCGCUUCUGCUGCCGAAGCGGAACAACUCAACAAGAUUCACAAAAGGCUUGAUGGACUCACCCGUGACCCGCUGUUUGACCUCCGGGAAGCAGAGGAAGUCUGGCGUGUAGAGAGGUUGAGGUUGGAAAAGGAAAAAUGGGUCGGAAAGCAGAGCGGAGGGGGCUCCACCACUAAGAAAGGAGCUAAAGUGUCGGUCGUCUAUACAGUCAACUCUGAAGGCAGCGAGGAUAAAGAAGAGACAGAGUCUACUUCCCCUGUCUAUUUGCCGCAUACGGGAGAGGAUUCGGAUACGGAUCUGGGGAUCAUGGGUGGCCUUUUUGAACCAGCACCGACAGAAGAAUCAGCCGUUGUGCAAGGGGGUGAGAAUGAGAGAGUGGGUGUCAGAGAUUUCGAGCUGGUCAACACUUCUGGGGGAAAUUUUGGAAAAGGGAAGCCGAAAGGAAAAGCAGGGGUUGGUACACCUGCGGUCAAGAGGGUCUUGGAGGAGCUUUGCCGAAGCCGGUAAGUAUAGCCCCAAGAAUCGCGGAACCGGGCUUGCUGAUUUUUUUAGGGAUGCGAAUUCCAGAAUCCGCUUCGAAGCGAUUCCGGGGACAUCGAUUUCGGCCCGGAGCAAACUAAUCAUUACUUGGUCUUCCAUUCCCGAAUCAUCGUCUGUCGAUGUCUCCCCUAUAACUCCAACCCUCGAUGGUGCCCGCCCACCUGUUAUUAUCUCAUCCACGGGCUUGCUUUGUACUACGUUUUCUAUGGCAUCAAUUGCGGCGAUGAGUAAGGACCAAGCGGACGGCUUCAUUGCUACUUAUGCCCUUUUCAAGUUAUCCGGUAAAAAGGAUGAAAAAAUAUAUUUUCGGCUCCCAAGCAUUUGGCGUGAGCUGUGGAUUGAGCUGCUGAAUGAGGGCCAACUGGAAUCCGGAAGGCAGGAGCGGGAGGUUCUCCGGCAUUUGGAAAAAACUUUAAAUAUAGAAAAAUUCGACCAUUCUGGCUCCGAUCAUUUCGCAGGAAGGAAGGCUCGGAUUACUAAAACUGUUGGCUCUGGGGAGCAAGGGACCACGGCUAGAGGGGUGGGGCCCGGGAAUAUGGUUUCAGACGCAAUAAAAAAAGAUUGGUUUUACAGAACAAAUCGUUCCGGAUAUCAACAGAUGUUGAAACAUAGAAGGCAGUUGCCAAUGUGGGCGUUCAAAGAAGAGGUGCUGGCUGCUGUGGAAAAUAACCAAGUGGUUAUUAUAUGUGGUGAAACUGGAUGGUAUUUAGAAAAUCAUUCACGCAUCUUUGAGUGGUAAAAUGUUCUAACUUUCGAUCAUAGCGGAAAGAGCACGCAAACUCCUGCUUUCAUCUUGGAGCGCGAACUCUCCCAGGGGAAAGCUUGCCGCAUAUACUGUACAGAGGUAAUGGUUCUUUCAUCUCGCUCCAUGUAUCUUACUAAAAAAUGGUAGCCACGUAGAAUUUCCGCAAUAUCUCUUGCGAGACGUGUAUCGGAAGAGCUAGGUGAAAGAAAAUCCGAAGUUGGUGGUAGGAAUUCACUUGUUGGAUACGCUAUUAGGCUUGAGGGUAGAAUGCACUCUGGUACAAGGUUAAUCUAUGCGACUACGGUGCGUUCUUUCCCAUUCCUUCUGUAGGGUUUGAAUGGGCGACGCUGAUUCUGUUAGGGUAUUGUCAUGCGCAUGCUUGAGAGGUCAUCAGAAUUAGAAGAAGUGACUCAUCUGGUGUUGGACGAGGUUCAUGAGAGGAGUAUAGAUAGCGACUUUCUGUUGCUUGUUUUGAAGAAGCUAUUGGCGCAGAGAAAGAACCUAAAGUAAUUAUUCGCACUCAAUAAAAGUUUUUCGAUGAUUCUAAUGGCUUUAGGGUUGUUCUCAUGUCUGCUACUGUCGAUGCAGACAAAUUUUCAGCAUAUCUUGGUGGUGCGCCAGUCAUGAGGGUUCCGGGAAGGACGUUCCCCGUGGAGACUCACUAUCUUGAGGAUGCUAUCAGACUCACUCAGUAUACUGUUGAAGAUGAUGCUCGAGGAUCACGUAAUCAAGGUGCGUGGGAGGACGAUGAGGAGGAGGUUGAGCUUAAGAAUGCUAGUGCUCUCAUCGGGGAUCUGCGGGGUUACCCACCCGAGAUAAAGGAUACCUUGUGCCGCCUGGAUCUCCGUCUUAUCAACUAUGAGUUGAUCGUUCGUCUUAUUGACUUUGUUGGAAGCUCACCUGGGUAUGUGGACUACUCUAAGGCGAUACUUGUCUUCAUGCCUGGUUUUGCCGAAAUUCGAAGACUAAACGAUAUGUUAAUGGCACAUCCGACUCUCGGCAGUAAUCAGGGCGAUGGGGGAUGGUUGAUAUAUCCACUUCAUUCAACGAUCGCAAGUGAGGAUCAAGAGGCAGCAUUUUCGAUACCUCCUCCAGGAAUGAGGAAGAUUGUUAUUGCGACUAAUAUUGCGGAAACUGGAAUAACAAUUCCCGAUGUUACUUGCGUUAUAGAUACAGGAAAGCACAAAGAAAUGCGAUUUGAUGAAAGGAGGCAGCUUAGCAGACUUGUGGAGACCUUUGUGAGCCAGGCAAAUGCAAAACAAAGAAGGGGUAGAGCUGGAAGAGUUCAAAAAGGGCUAUGCUUUCACUUGUUCACCAAAAUCCAACACAACAAUUGGGUAUGCGUUUCUGGUGUCCUUUCUACCCAGAUUUGGGGAAUUUAUUGACUUUUCCCGGCAGAUGACUGAAGAGCAGACUCCUGAAAUUAUGAGAUUGUCUCUUCAGGAUCUCGUGUUGAGGAUUAAAAUUUGCAAACUCGGCCAAGUUGAAGAGGUCUUAUCGCAGGCACUCGAUGCCCCUUUACCAAAGAAUAUUAGGCGGGCUAUAGAUUCCCUACUUGAGGUUGACCCCAUGAUUCCGAGAAACACGAAGUAUCUGACGGUCCGUAGGUAAAAGCGUUAACGGUGACUGAAGAGCUUACGGCCUUAGGGCGUCAACUUGCAAAGCUGCCUCUGGAUGUUUAUCUCGGGAAACUGGUGCUCAUGGGCUCUAUUUAUGGAUGUUUGGAUGCGGCCCUCACCAUUGCAGCUAUCUUAUCCUCGAAGUCUCCCUUCGUUACCCCACUAGGACACAGAAAGGAAGCCGAAUCUUGCAGAUUGUCUUUCAAGAGAGCUGACUCUGAUCUGCUCACUGGUUGGAAUGCGUACUCUUCGUGGAGACGGGUUUGCCAAAGGAAAACAAUGAUGUCUGAGAGUGAAUUUUGCCAGAAAAACUAUCUCAGUAGCCGAAAUUUAGUUGGGAUUGAGGAAUUGAAGCAGCAGCUUCUUGUUUCUGUGGUUGAAGCUAAGUUUCUAACCCUGAAAGAGGAGGAGAAAACAGAGUUAAACCGGUAGGCUUCCUAUCUAAUUCGGGGUGUGAUGCUCACUUGUCGCCCAGAUGCCGAUUUUCUACUUACUAUCGGCGCAAAUUCUUCACUGUCCCAGAGUCAGUCAACCACAGCAGCGAAAACGAUUCUGUAGUGAAUUCGGUUAUUGCUGCAAGCUUCUACCCUAAGCUAUUGGCUAAGGGAGACAAGGGAUGGCGAAAUAUUCUCAACAACCAUACUAUUGCCGUCCAUCCAAACUCGGUAAACCGACACACAAAUAGCGAGUGGUUGGCAUUCCAUAGCAUUAUGCAAUCCAAUAGGUCAAGCUCCUUUGAAUCUUGUACGCCGGUAGAAGUUUAACAAUAUCACAGGUCCUAUGCACACGAAACCAGCCAUGUGGAGAGCAUUGCAGUUGCACUACUCUGUGGAGAUGUUGACUAUAAGGCAUGUAGCAAGUAUGAAAUAAUAGAAGACGAGUGACCUGACUCUGGCGUUAGAUGCAUGCGGGUACAAUGAUACUUGAUGGACACCGGGCGAAAUUCGCCUUCGAAGAUUGGAAAAGUUUAAUUGCAUUCAAAAUCCUGCGGAGUAGGCUUAAGGAAAUUACAGUUCGCUCGUUCCGUGGCCCUGGAAAGGGAUUGACUGAAAACCAGACGAGAUGGAUGCAACUAUUCUAUAGGGUGUUUCUGAGAUUAAAACAGAUACAGGAGGAGAGGGCAGGAGGUGGUAGCGAUAGAGACUAAUAUAGAUAUCAUAGCACAUGAGCCAUGAUUUGGCAGAAUAAACGCAUUGGACAUG